UCAAUAGCCCAAUGGGAAGGUCGUCCCGCCCCCCGCAGCGCCCGCUGGGCCAAUCAGCAUGUGCGGAGGCGCCGCUGGGAGGCCCUGAGCCAGGCGGCGGGGGUACCGGCGAGUUCCCGGGUCGGUAAGGCGGCCGGGCCGGCUCCCCGCAGCCCGUGUCACGCUGGCGCCCGGGGACCCCCCCGAGAUGCCGGUGCGGAGCGAGUGCUGCUGCCCGGGGGGAGCCCGAGGCCGCGGGGCCGCCGCCAGCCUGGUGCCGCCGCCCCCCAUCAACACGGCGCAGCCCGGGGUCGCCACCUCCCUGCUCUACAGCGGGGCCAAGUUCCGCGGCCAGCAGCGCAGCAAGGGCAACGCCUACGAGGUGGAGGUGGUGAUGCAGCAUGUGGAUAUGGAAAACUCCUAUCUUUGUGGAUACUUGAAGAUUAAAGGCCUUACAGAGGGGAAAUUCCAGGCCUUUUACCAGUAUGCGAAAACAUUUAACUCGGAUGAUUUUGAUUACGAGGAUUUGAAGAACGGGGACUAUGUCUUCAUGAGGUGGAAGGAGCAGUUCCUAGUCCCAGAUCACACGAUCAAAGACAUCAGCGGUGCUUCCUUUGCUGGGUUUUAUUACAUCAGCUUCCAGAAGUCUGCAGCAUCCAUAGAGGGCUAUUACUACCACAGGAGUUCAGAAUGGUAUCAGUCUCUGAAUCUAACUCAUGUCCCUGAGCACAGUGCACCCAUUUAUGAGUUCCGAUGACAGGCGGACAGAAUGAUACCAAGUGAAAACAACCUGGGCAGGAGAGAGCGUGAUCUGCCACGAGAGAGGUGUCCCUGUCGGAAUGGGGGGACACGCGCUUCUCUUCUGCCCAACGGACUUGUGAAAGAAAGCAUGAAUGUCAGCCCAUCCGACCCAAGGAGCAUGGCUGCAGGAGCUGGGAGUCUCCCUCCUGCCAAAUGGCAAUUUGAUCUUUAAUCUGGUUUUAAAGCUACCUUUAAAUGCACUUUCUUUUUGCACAGCUAGUUUCUUUAUCACUGAAAUUCCUCCUGACCCCCUUCUGGAAGUUUGGUCCUAGCUGGAAUCAAUACCUUCUCCUCUGAGUAAUAAGAAAACAUAAGCUCAGCACUUAUGGUUUCAUGUUACAUCCUAGUAUGGGUUGAAAUACAAAGAACUGUGGCCGUUCACAUUUGUCGCUCUGUCUGACAGCUCUGCCACUUCCAGAGCCUGGGCGUGUCAAUGCAUGAGUGAGGCUUUGCCUGGUGGAGAGAACUGCUGAUCUGCAGAGUCCACUACAGAAGCAUUUGGCUGAGACAGACAAGUCUUGAAGACCUAAUGAAUCUCCAGCUCAUACUGGCUAAUGAGGUUAGCCGGAGCUGCAGAUCUCUCAGGAACGCUAGCCACUUCUGAGCUGCAAGCUGUUCCUUUGUCUUGAUAUGCCACGGGGAAUAGAUUAAAUGUAAAGACUUCCAGGCCCUCAGUAGAAGUGGAUCUGAGCUCUGCUUACUAAGUGUAUAUUUGCUCUUUACUUAAGGGUAAAAAAAUAAAAAAGACUUUUAAUAAAAAAAAAAAAUAUUUUUAUGGUUCCUCUUCCCAAGGACCCUAUGGCAAAUGCACAAUUAUUCAGAAUUACAUUUUACUGUUUUCACAUUGAAAACUGUGAAUGUCUACAUUAGUUUUUUAUAUAUAUGUAUGUAAUCAACCAGCAGCUUUGGAAAAAUCGUCCUGGUACAAGUGUUUAGCAGCAUUGCAGAAAUGAUGCUAGUGAACUGUUUAGCAUUUGUACCUACUUUUCGUGCUACACCAACAUCACUGCUUGAUACCUUUAUACCAGGCAAAGCGGAAAAAAACCAACAAAAAACAGUGGCUGUCCUACAACUUUGAAACGUUCAAGUGAAAUAACUUAAGGCUUGUGUGCCAAAGUGUGUGCGUGUAUGUGUGGGGGGAGGCUUUUUUAAAAGACAUUUUAAAAGUUGGCAUCAGUUGUAUAUUUAAUAUGAUACUCUAUGCGUGCAGGGCUUUUGUGAGACAACUUACCUUGCUUUUUUCUGCGUGUUUUAUUUAAUACAAAAAAAAAAAGCUAUUAAGAAAAGGGAGAUUUGUACCAACAGAGCAAAUAAUUUUUAAAGAAUGUUUGCCACUUGCAAUCAAAAAGCAAAGCCCUUCACUUAUGGAGUGCAAAGUUGUUUUUUUAACUAAUUUUUCCUUUUCACAGUGUCCGUAUUGUAUUUUGCAGAGGCUGAGUUGAUAGUUUAAGCCUUAAUGGGAAAGCAUUCAGGUCUCAGUGGGCUCACUUUGUAUAUUCCACAUUGGGAACUUGAUUUAUUUUGCUUAAGAAAAUGAACUGGUUUAAUUUGCUCGGUGACAUAAUAGUCAAAGUUUUGUCCUGUGGCCCUAUUUACCCUAGCUGUGCCCCAGCUUCAAGACACAUUUGGGAAAAGUUGCCUAAACAGGCAAGGAGUAAGUUUCCAUCUUAAAGGGAAACCACCUGGUAUACUGAAAAAGGUGAAGGAUGAGGGAACUUAACUUCUUGUAGGUCUUGAUGGAAAGCAACGGUGGAGUUAAAAAAUGGCUAGAAGACAAAUGCCGAAAUGAUCUCCGAUAACAGCCAGAGGACAGGGUGGGUGCAAGAAGUGUCUUGUCUAGGUCCAUUAUUCUGAUGAGACAAUGAUUGAAUAAGGCGCCUUGGCAGUACAGGGGCUGCUGGCUCACUCCUGUGUACUGGGAGGGGUUUGUCUUAUUUCAGAGAAGGCAGUUGUGGCCACAAAAUAUGAAUGAAGCGUUUUUCUCUUUUCCAGACUAAAACUGAUCAGGCCCAUUUGCAGUAACGCCUCCUUAGACCCUUUUAACAAAAAUUAAAUUUGCAAAUACUUUUAAUCUGUUAUUGGUUUGUGUGCCUCUGGAGCAGUGUGCAAUAUUGUCACUGAUACCCAAACCCAUCACUAUGACAUUUGUGUGACAAUUAGAGUUAGGCUUUAACUUUAAACACUGUGGUGGCCACAUGCAGAAACCGGGGUUGCAGGAGGUCCCUGGGGUCAUCUAAUAAUCAGGAAGCUCUCCUAAUGUGUUCCCUAAACCACUGAGACUUGAUGUUUUUGAGAGGGAUUUGGGACAGAUGGGGCUCUUUUCCCCCUCACAUAAAGCAUAUUUCAGCUGAAAUCCAAAAGUUGCAAAGGAAUGAAAUUUUUUUUAAAGGAUUGUCUUACAUUCAGAAAAGGAGAAGCUUUUAUUCUCUAAAGCCUUGAUUUGCUUGUGGUUUUUUUUCUUCUGAAACUGUUUAAGCUAAGAGGAAAUGCUCUUAAUUAUGUUGCAUUGUGGUGAAAGAAAACUAACAAGGUGAGACUUCUUGGGGAGAGUAAGUGGGAGGGUGGGUCUUUGAGUCUUGUAAAAGUUUAAAAAAAAAACAAACCUAACAUGGGUGCAGAGUCCGAGUAUAUUUAUGAUUAAUUGUGGAAAAGAGACUGGGAGAAGUAUUUUGCAGAGCUAUCAACGUCCAAAUUAAAAAGAAAUGUAUUUUAAGGAGCGCUUGUUUGUGUGUUUGUAAAUUAAAGCAAUUCUUGUUUCAUAGGAACAGCAAGUUGCAUCUUGCUGAUCAAGCUUUAUGGCUGGAGAAUCCAAUAAGCCACUGAUUGUCUGAAGUGAAUUACCCUGGCUUUAAUUGGAAUAGCUUAUUUUCUGCUUGCCAUUCUAACAAUCAAAUUAUCAUAGUGAGAAAGUUCUCUGUAAAACUCUUCCCGAUUGUUAGCUUUAUAUAAAGCUUCUAAGUACCUGCACCUAAGCCCCCUCCUUUCUUGGCUGCUUUCUCAAAGCAACAAUGGCUGACUGGCAGCUGAAAAGUCUGAUGCCCCCUCCCAAACACAGUGGUCCAGGCCUUAAAGAUACAGUAGUGACAACACAGUUCUUACAGCUCCCCACAUCAAACCUGGAACAUGGCCACUUCAGGAAAAUUAGUUCUGUGGUUAGUUUACAUAUCUUGCUGUUCUGGCUUAUAUAAUUUAUUUUUAUUUUCCUUUCCUGGAAAGCCUGAAAGUUUUUUUUUGUGGCUUAGGAAUGAAGUCAUGGUUGCUGACUAGUAUAACAAUGUCCAUCUGUUUGCAUUUGCUGUUUCUUUAGUGGUUGUGGAGAGAGGUGC